UUGUUUUCUUUUAAUUUCAAUAGUGCUUUCAGCUUGUUUAUUGUUCUGCUUAUACUUACUUCCUUUGCUAUAAAAUUUUAUAACGGUAAAACGGAAGCCGCCAUAUUUUUCACAUGUGUGAAGUUCUUCGAACAUAAGGCAAAUUGCAUUUUGAAUAUAUAGCAAUAUUUACCGAACUUUUUCAUUAAGUAUGGAUAGUAGCAAAUCUUUGUCUGCGAACGACAACUCUAAUCAAUAUCGUUAUAUAUCACAUGUUGAUUUUAUAAGUAUUCUGCGUGAUAAAUAUAAAGAGGGUACCAAACACGCUUUUGAAGAAAUUAAAGCACAAGUAGAACAGGAAUGUGAAGAGAAGAAACACCGAGCUGAGAAGGCAUCGGUAUUACUGAAGCAUUGUCGUGACACACUACAACAAUUAGAUGAACAGCAUUUCAUUGUUGAAAGGAUGCUUCAGAAGCACGUCGAGUUGGGAAAAACGCUAACACAUCAAAUACGCCAACGUACGCAAAUGUUAAAUGAAAAUGAAAUGGCAAUACGACAUUUGCUUCAAGAACUGAGACAAAACAAAACAUAAUUUUGUAUUUCUUGAAAUAAAUAAAAGAUGUUUCUUACUUACUUUGUCAAAAUU